UGGUAUGGGCAUGCUCUUACCGGAUGAAACAUACGAGGAACGUUCCUCCUUUAAUUCAAUAAACAAUAAUACUACUGAAGAUCUUUUUGAUGAUAUCGAUGAAUACGAAGCUGCCAAAGCGUUAGCCGUUUUACAAAAGUGCGACGAUUUUUUGAAGAGGAACGGCAUCAGGCCCGAAUUUUUCUGCAAACAUCGAGAAAAAUUGGCACUGCAGAGUUGGCUACUACAAAAAUCUAAAUUGUCUUCAGAUGCUUCGUCCUCGAACGAAGCUGUACACCUACAGCAACGUCUAAAGAGCCUGAGCACGGAACUGGUGACCCUGAGGAACCGGCUACAUGUAAGCCAACCUCCAAACGGUGGUUCAGUGCCGUCACCAGGAACGCAAGGUGCCCUGUCGAAAAAUCCUGAGAAGGGUACUUCUGUUGUUGGUGUUGGUGUUAAUAGCAAUACUGGUAGUGGUGGUACUGGUAAUGGUGCACCUUCCUCGCCAGCACCAGCCGUACCACCAAGGACCAGCUUACCACCUGCAUUCACGGUAUCCCAUGGAAUCGGCCAUCUGAAUGGUCACUCGUCCAACCAUUCCACCAGUCACACGCUCACGGCAUCCGCGAUCGUUCAUCCUCACGUCAAUCACGCCUCUGCGAACACACUCAGCCACAACGCAACUCUUGCGAAUAAUUUCAUAUCUGAUUUAGAUCCAACGAAGCGGCACAACGGCGUGUCGGAUGAUGGUAUAGUAUCUUGCGUGACAGCCCUUGGUUGCCUACGAUCACCUCCAAUCUCCAGUAUUAUCGCCGACGUGAAGAACGCAAAGAGUAAUCAAGGCCAGCAUCGAUGUCUCCCAAAAUCAGCUACCACGCCGGCCACCACUGGUCCUCCAACCUCCACGGCCUUGGACGAUCUCAUUCAUUUACCUGGUCCUCUCACGGAGGAUGCGGUACUCAAAUGCCUUCAGGCUCGUUUUUGUGCUAAACAAUAUCACACAAACGUGGGUCCUAUCUUGGUCAGCAUCAAUCCCUAUACGGAUGUUGGAAAUCCAUUGACCUUGACGAGUACCAGGGCCGUACCAUUAGCACCUCAAUUGAACAGGGUCGUUCAGGAAGCUGUAAGGCAACAAUCAGAGACUGGCUAUCCACAAGCAAUUAUACUUUCUGGAACGAGCGGAUCCGGGAAAACGUAUGCCUCAAUGUUAUUACUUCGGCAACUUUUCGACGUAGCUGGCGGUGGCCCGGAAACAGACGCUUUUAAACAUCUGGCAGCUGCAUUCACGGUUCUAAGAUCUUUGGGAUCUGCUAAAACUGCCACGAACUCGGAAAGUUCGAGAAUAGGUCACUUCAUCGAGGUACAAGUUACUGAUGGAGCAUUGUACAGAACGAAAAUUCAUUGCUAUUUCUUGGAUCAGACUAGAGUGAUCCGACCAUUGCCAGAUGAGAAAAAUUAUCAUAUAUUUUAUCAGAUGUUGGCUGGAUUGUCUCACGAAGAAAGAGUCAAACUCAAUUUGGAGGGAUAUAAUCUCAAAAAUUUGAGGUACUUACAAAAUGGUGAUACUCGACAGGACGAAGCAGAAGAUGCGAUAAGAUUUCAAGCUUGGAAAGCAUGCUUGGGUGUACUUGGUAUACCUUUCCUCGAUGUUGUAAGAGUACUAGCUGCAGUGUUGAUUCUCGGUAACGUGGGAUUCACCGACGGACCUGGUGUUGAGGUUGGUGUAAUCGGAGAAAAUGAACUCGCUUCAGUGGCUACACUUUUGGGUGUUCCACCACCUGCUCUUCUCAGAGGUCUUACAUCGAGAACCCACAAUGCUCGAGGACAAUUGGUUAAAUCGGUUUGCGAUGCAAACAUGUCAAACAUGACGAGAGAUUCCCUGGCUAAAGCUCUUUAUUGUCGUACCGUGGCAACCAUUGUCAGAAGAGCUAAUAGUUUAAAGAGAUUAGGAUCAACACUUGGAACUCUUUCAUCCGAUUCUAACGAGUCUGUUCAUAAUCAAGCAGAAGUAACCAGUCAGCAUGCCUCCACUAUCGGCAGCUCUGCUGGUGGGACAGGUUCUAGGAGCAUGACAGCUUUGAAUAAUGCCGUGAGACAUGCCACAGAUGGUUUCAUAGGAAUUUUAGAUAUGUUCGGAUUCGAAGACCCCAAACCAAGUCAAUUGGAACACCUUUGUAUAAAUCUCUGUGCUGAAACUAUGCAACAUUUUUAUAACACACACAUAUUUAAAAGUUCUAUUGAAAGUUGUCGCGAUGAAGGUAUUAGGUGUGACGUUGAGGUGGACUAUGUUGACAAUGUACCUUGUAUCGAUCUCAUUUCUUCUUUGCGAACCGGUCUGCUCAGUAUGUUGGACGUUGAAUGCUCAAUACGUGGUACUGCGGAAAGUUACGUAGCUAAAGUGAAAAUUCAACAUAAGCAAAAUCCUCGACUCUUCGAACCUAGACCAGUAGAUUGCAGAUCUUUCGGGAUUCAACAUUUUGCUGGUAGAGUCACGUACGAUGCAUCAGACUUUUUAGACACAAACAAGGAUGUUGUUCCUGAUGAUUUGGUCGCAGUAUUUUACAAACAUACUUGCAGUUUUGGUUUCGCUACUCAUUUGUUUGGCAGUGAAUUGAAAGCUUUGUACGCAAAUGACACUGUUCCGAGAGGUGUCAGUUUUAGGAUAUCACCGACUUCCCAUACGGAUCUUUUAAACGGGGAUGAACCAAUUUCAACGUUAACGCAAGAUUUUCACACGAGGUUGGACAAUCUGUUGAGAACUUUGGUUCACGCUAGGCCACAUUUUGUUAGAUGCAUCAGAAGCAAUGGAACUGAAACUCCUAUGCAUUUGGACAGAGGUGUAGCGAUGAGGCAAAUACGUUCUCUGCAAGUUCUUGAGACUGUUAAUUUAAUGGCUGGUGGUUAUCCGCAUAGGAUGAGAUUCAAAGCGUUUAACGCGAGAUACAGAUUGAUCGCACCUUUCAAACAACUGCGUCGUGCUGAAGAACAAGCUGUCGAGGAUACCAAACUUAUUUUACAGAAUGCCCAACAAUUGAAAAAUAAAUUUGGAGCUAGUACGAGUUGGGCACUUGGUAAGAGACACAUUUUCCUUAGCGAGGGUAUACGUCAACAACUUGAAUGCUUACGUUCGGAAACAAGAAGGAAAGCUGCUACGGUGAUUCAGACUACGUGGAGGGGUUGGAGAGUACGAAGAAGAUGGCCAUUAAGAAGAACUAUGUGUGUAUCAACGGUCAUUGGUCAGAAAAAACUUCAACAAGCAACAACUGGUAAUGCUGGAACCGUUCAAAGAAAUGUUACAGCUGGAACAGGAACUGGAACUGGUACUCGUCCUAGACCACAACCAAUUGCUGGAACACCUCCGCCAGAUCCUUCGGAAAAAUGUGCCGAUCAAAAAAUGAUUCAACAAACUUGUACACUUUUUGGACUUGAUUUGGAACGUCCACCACCAUUACCACCAAGUAGAUCUUAUACCGUGGCUGGUAAUACGAAAAUGGGAUAUCCUCAAACGAGGAUCAUGAAGAUGCCUUUCCCAGAAGAAGGGGAAGGAGAGGUGGUGUUAUUGAAAGGUGAAACGGUGUUAGUCGUUGGAGCAUCUCAGAGACGAGGACAUCUUUUAGUAGAACAUAACAAUACUACAUUACACGUGCCGUAUCAAUUCAUGGAAUUGAAACAUAAUAAUCACGUUUAAUAACGCACUCGUUUAUGAUUUUAAUCUCUCAACUUAUAAUAUUUCAAAAAAUUCGUUUCAUA